AUGGAUGUGAGGACAAAGGAUGCAUUGAAUUUGUGGUUUUGCUACCCGCUCCUAGUGUCCCAGAUUUGGGUCUCCUGUGAUUUCUACUUGAUUGGCAAACAGAGAGAAGCUAGCGAACUUUCUCACAUAACACGUCUUUCCACCACCACCACUUCCCUGAUCUUGGCUUUGAUCAGCUUCAGGACCAUGGGUGCUGGGAUCACCAGCUUGAAGAACCCAAUCCCCGCACAAGUGAUUGAGGUUAGAGCAAACAAUCUCACGGGAAGAAUUCCCCCAUCCCUUGGAUUCACAGGAAAACGGCUUGCAAAACCUGCUCUUCUGAGCCUUAAGAUCGUAUUUAGAAACACACUAUCGUCCUCACAAUUGCCAUUGUUCACUGCGACCGCUAGCUGCUACUCAAAAGUUUUAAAUCCGCAAUUAAACAAUAGCCACUUUAACCCUAAACCCCGCUUAGGGAAGGCAAUGAGCGGCGAUAAGCUCUUGAGAAUGGAUGACGCAUUAGAGGCAGUUGACAAGUGGGUAAAUCAGGGCUAUGUUGUAGAUGAGAAGAAGAUCACGGCGUUGAUAAUGUAUCUCACAGAAGGCCCUGGUAAGCUCCAGCCACAGGAGUACCGCACUGAGAAGCCAAAGCCAACCCUGAUGGCAAUUGCAGCUACAUGGUGGAAGCAGCAGAAAUGGAAAGGGAAAUUGGAGUUUCAGAAAGAGUUUCAGAAAGAGUUUCAGAAGGGGGAGUUCGAGUUUCAGAAAGAGUUUCAGAGACGGAAAUUGGAGUUUGAGAAAGAGUUAUUGGAGUUAAAGAAAGGGCAAUUCGAGUUGAAGAAAGCGGAGUUGGAGUUUAAGAAAAGAAUGGAAAAAGAAGAAGAGGAGAGGAGGAUAUUAGUAACAGUCAUAAAAAAUGCUCAUACCAUUUCUGACAUGGAGAAGUUCUCUGACAGUGAAGCUGCUGACUUCCACAAGCUUGUACUGGAUAAGUGGAAUCCUUUGCAUCAACUCCUGCGUGGCAAUAUUGAUUUACAUGCAAUACGGUGGAGAUCGUUUCUGCCCAAGCCACUCGAAUUUCAUAGGAGCCAAACCACAUUUGGAAGUAGAUAUGUGCUCGACAAACUCAACCAAGAGGGAAUCCAAAAAAGCUGGGACCAAAUCAAAAGAGAUGUUUAUGCAGACUAUAAGGGAAGAGGCUUUGAACAUUUACAAGUUUCAUAUCUGGAAGCUACGGAGCCUGAUCAGCUUGGGAAGAGCAUGUAUGCCUGUGAUGAGACUUACGCAGAGGUCAGAGUCAAACACUACGCUGCCUAUGGCGUUUGUUUUGCAGCGCUGUUGGAAAGUAUCUUUCGGGUCCUUGACAAAGACAAAGGUCUGCCUACAAUUUCGGUGAAGGUUCUGGCCCCAGUUCACACAUCAAACGGGAAGCUAGAGGUUGAAGUCGAAAGGUCGAGUUUGAGGUGCAGGUUCCUAAUAGAGAUGAAGAAUCUGAAGCGGCAGGGUGAUGACAUUCAGGAGGAGACGAGGGCGAAGAAAAACAGGGUGUCGUCGUCUGACCAGAAAAGCGACGAAAGUGAGGAGAACAAAAGCAUAAGCAAGAAAAAUCAGCCUAUUGUUCUCAGCAACAAUAAUCAGAGUGAGCCUCUACAAAAGGCUCGAGGCCAAAUUGGCGAAGUUCACGUGGAAAGGCAGUUUCAGCAGGUUCAGAGCGGGUUUGUCAACGGCAUGCAUGUUACAAUCGUCCACCGGACUGACUCCACCAAAUCCGAAGAUCAUUUCAGCGCCAGCCGGAUACUGAAAGUCAUGGAGAGUAGCGACAUAAAGAUAGGAGAGGCCAGGAGUUUAGAUAUGGAUUCAAGGGGGGUCGAUCAAAUCCUCAAAGAGCUAGUUAUUGCUCUGAUUAAAGCCGGGUUCCUGCCACAGACUCUGCUUCAAGGUGAUGUUAGUGGUGCUGCCGGGUUGAGAGCAGAGAGAAUGGAAGUAAGUGUUGAUGAAGAACAGCUAGUUAAACCGGUUAAGGCUGAGGCAGCUGAGAUAGAGCACCGGUAUCUAUUCCCCGUGACAAUCCAUGGAUCGGGAUUGAAAGCCUGGAUUAAAGCGGCAACAGUAGGUGACCAGUACAAGCAGGUUCAGCGAGAGCUUUUAAUUCGUCAGUAUCUGUGUCCAGAGGACUCUGUGAAGGCGAGGGCAGUAGUCUGGAGAGGGGUUCCUGCGUUACUCUUGGAAGAUGCGGGACAGAAAAUCAACACAGACACGAUGACGCCUGAGGACGUUUUCAAUAUGACAAAGGCCAUUUAUAUGGUACUUUCUCAUGUGUAUGGUGAGCAUGGGAUUUUGCACAAUGAUGUUGCACCCCGCAACAUCUGCCGAGACGAAAAGGGACGUUACCGACUUAUUGACUGGGGAUUGGCAAGCCGGCUUCCCGAUAUUGAUCAUCCCACAAAUAUACCUGAUUGGCUUUAUUCAGGUUCUUGCUUUUUCUCUGGAAGUCAAACUCCAAGAAUCCAUUCCGAUUUAGAAAGCCUGGUGUAUGUGGCACUUGACUGUCUCCAUGUACCAUUGCCAUGGGGAAAUGCAGCCAAUGGUUCUGAUGUUAUUAAGAUCCGCAGAAGAUUCCGGAGCAACUUGAACUCCUCAGUGUUGAAUGCUUUGUAUCGACCACUGCUCAAAGCAUGGUUAGAGCUAGAGAUCUGAAUACCGCAUGAUUAAAAUAAAAACGUG